AUGGCGUCCCUGCUGAACGACCGCCAGUUUGAGCAGGAGCAAACCGAAGGUCGCAGCCUUCAAACAUAUCGGUUUCCUAUGCCAAAGCAAGGCGGAGACCACGAGCGUCCUGUUGAGACCUGCCACAAGCCAACCCAGCGCGUGGCCGUCGCCAAUGUGAUGAGCGAGACCAGUUACCGGUCUCUCCAGCUCGAUCUAAUGCCGGAUAUCGAGGUCAGUUGGCUCGCACAAUCCACGCUCAGGAUGCUCGCUCAAGUACCGCAUCAGUGCCCGCAAGUGAAUCAAGUUGUGGAGCCCAAGUUGCCAAAUCUCGCCAACGCCAGCGUACUUCAUCUAGUGUAUCUCGAACUACUACGAGUCGAGCUACGACUCGUGAGCGAGAUGAGGUCUCGGAGCCACCAUCGAAGCGCGUCAGAAGUUCUACCAACAAUAACAGCAACGGAUUGGCUGCCUCGAAGAGAACCGGAGCUAGUAGUCGUGGUAGAACUAUGGCCGACGCUGUUAUCAGCGAGCUCGAAGAUCAAUCGUCAAGCGAGUGCAGCAGAAAAACUACUCCUGAUUCAGCUGGACACACUCAAAGAGAAGGCGCACAUCGAUCGACACGACGUAGACAAGCUCAACGACAAACUGGGGCGCUUGAAAAAGCAAGUGCGCCCGCCUGGAUGA